UCAUACUUUUGCCAUCAAGCACCGUUCCAUGUUUCAUUGAGUGCAUUAUGUCGACCAACUCAUUUCCGAUUCCAAAAAUUGAUGUGCUUCACUGGAAUGCACGGAACGUUUAUGUUGAAUGUCCGUACUGCGAGGAGAUACAUCGGCACGGCGUCGAGGAUCCGGGGAGACGCGCUUCGAACUGUUUUCCCGGCGGCCAAUAUGAGUUCAUAUUUCCCAUCGAUAAAAGCAGCAAGCUUGUCGGCUAUGAGAUUGAUAAGAGAAGGGCCUGUUUCGUGAAUGCUAGCUUGCAAAGAGGUCAAAGGGAUGGGGAAUUAUAUUCCUUGGAAAGAGAUGAGUGCGAAUUGGCCGAUCUUUUCCACACAAUGAAAAUCUCGGGCAGAGAACCAAACUCAGAUCCGGUUUUGAAUCUCGAAAAAGUUUCAAGAGAGAUGGAAACUAUCACACUUCCAGGCGGCAAUACAUUUGAGCAAAAGAGGAUUCGGUCCGCUGUUUCAGAAUGUGUCCAUGGUAACUUGCCUGCAAUAAGCCAAUAUCUCAACACUUCGGUCGAAGCGAACCUUUUUCUGCACGGGAAAAAUGAAACUGGAAACAUGAACACUACUCUGAUUAUGGCGGCAGCAGAAAAGAGCCACGAGAUGGUGUCACUCCUUUUGCGAAAUGGCGCAGAUGUGAACGCUAUCAACAAUGACGGACGAAGUGCGCUCAUGGAGGCGGCGCUCUGGGGCCGAAUGGAGAGUGUAAAAGCAUUGCUCAACUCCAAUGCUGACAAAGGCCUUCGAGACCGUCAGGGCCGUUGUGCGAUGGAUUUAGCACAGGCAGCUCGCAAAAACGAAAAGGAGAGAUAUGGGCGUUCUCCCAUUGCGGCUGCAAAAAGCGUCCCCGAACGCGACAGAGACAGGCGGCACAUCGUUAUCUUACUCGGUGACUCGAACGCCGAGAAGCGACAUGGAUUCACUAGCCCAUUAUCGAGGAGUGAACGGGAUAAUUAUGGCUUCAGGAAACCCAAAUCCGAGAUGGCAAUAACGCUUUGUGGACCCAUUCGAAGCUACCGCGUGCCGCGUAUCACCAAAACCGCCGCCGUUCUUGACAGGGGAGAUCAAUUCACUCGUAUAUCGGCAACCAGUGGUUGGGGCCCCGAUGCUCUACCUCUGAACUCCAGGAUAGGACCACACUGGAUCCAGCAAGUCUACUAUAUCGCAUCAAUAAUUGGCCAUGAGGUCCGAGAUGCUCCAGAUCCAGGUUGGGAUCAGGGCAAACCUGGCCAGUAUUUUGCUUCCCAUGCAGAGAAGAAGUUGAUCGCCUACUUCUUAGACAAGCACGUAUUCAUGCCUCAAGAUAGAGAGCCGGACCAGACGUUGAAAAACUCAAUCCUUGAAUUGGAAGACUCUCCAGUAGAUGGAAGGCACUCGUCCGCAGCCUGGACAAGGGUGUGUGAUCUGGAGGAGAGGAAAUCAGAAUUGGAUCUUCAGCUUUUCGAUGCAGAUGAUCUGGUGCUUGGUGACUCUUACGAUGAACAAGAGGUCAAAAGGCUGAAACAUGAGAUCUGUGUGAUUGACGAAGAACUAUUAAGCCUUGAUUCGGACGCUGAUGUGGCUACAAUGAGAGCUCAAAAGGAGGAACACCGCAGGUUGUUGAAGAGACAGAAGAUACACCAAGACCUGAUUGAGCUGAGUAAAAAGGAGCCCUCUAUCUCACUGACACAGGCAGUCAUACUGAGCAGCAACAAAAUCUGCGAGGACUGUGAUAAUUUCAAGGAAAAGGUGAAUGACUAUUUCCAGUUAAAUAUCGAAAUGAGCUGGCGUAUCUGGCCUGUAUCUAGCUGAAGCAGAGGAUUUGCAAGACUUGUUCCGAAAGGCAUUGGCGGGCCCCUUCAAUCAAUCUUACUAUUAGGCGACACCUCUUUCUUGUUUCUUUCAUUUACAAGUGCCUUACUUCUUUCCUUCUCAGACUCGUUCCAAAAGGCAUUAGCGGGCCCCGUGGGGGACCGGCCUCCUGUGCCUUGCUUCGCAGGCCCGCCCCGAAAGAUAUUUUGUGAGCAUAAUAAGCCAGUUCAGCCCUGCGAUUGCAUACAUAUAUAUGACUCGCUCCACUCGCCUCAGCCUAUCCAUAC